GCAGCCACGCACGCAGGGCGUUGUUCUUCCAUAAUGAGACACUUUAUAACAGAACGUCAGCCCCCUGGCAUCAAUAUAGUCUGAGAGCGAGCUUUUAGGGACGAAGGACUACCGUUGCUGGACUCUUUUGGGGAAAACUUGCUUUUGCUUCCUGCAAGCCUGAACGGUGUUUGUGGAAUACAAGACCCAUCGCUUGAAAUUAUCUGUAAAGAUGCUGCUGCUGCUUCUGGGAAUCAUCCUUCUGCACCUGGCUGCCCUGGUGCUGCUUUUUGUGUCCACAAUUGUCAGCGUAUGGACCACCGGGGAAACGGGCACCUCGGACCUCUGGUACAACUGCUCUGCGUACAGUGGGGGCUACAGCUGUAACCCAGCAUCAACUGGAGAGUGGAUUCAGGCGGUUCAGGCUCUCAUGAUCCUCUCCAUCAUCUUCAGCUGCCUGUCGCUCUUCCUGUUCUUCUGCCAGCUUUUCACUUUGCAGAAGGGCGGACGCUUCUUCCUCACUGGAACCUUCCAGAUCCUUGCCAGUUUGUUUGUGAUGAGCGGGGCUAUCAUCUACACGGUGAUGAGUCCCGAGUGGGUGCCGGAGAAAGACACCUUCGGCUUCUCCUACAUCCUGGCAUGGGUGGCUUUCCCUUUGGCGCUCAUCAGCGGACUCAUCUACGUCAUCUUGAGGAAGCGGGAAUGAGACCUAAAUGCAUCCCAGCGUUCCCAGUAACCCCCCUUCCCAACUGCAAGUGUUACCCUCCCCCCUGCUGAAGUUUAAGUUGUGAAGCCCAAAUACUAAGCGGGCAGUAUUGGAGGAGUAAUACCAAAGAAUCAACAGGCAAACCAACAUAAAAACACCAAUACUGUCUCGGUUUAAAGAUGUAUAUAGUAUCUAUGGUUUAAAACCUAUUUAUAACACUUUUUACAUAUGUACAUAGUUUUAGUGUUGCUCCGUCGAUGGUUACAAUGAGCUUUGUUUCAGCUGGUUGAGUGCCUCAGUCUUUGUUUGUGUCUUUGACUAAUAACACAAUAAACUGUUUUUUUUUGUGUUUUUUUUUCUGUAAUUACCAAAGAAUUAGUGAAAAAGAAUUCUCACAGUAUAUUAACUAGAUUGCAUGUAUAGAGAUAGAACGGUUAUGCAACCCUUGGGCUCGCUUCACAAACAGAGUGGGAACAUCCAUGGAUGUAGCAUAGCCACUGAAAAUAGAUUUGGUCCUUUUCUAUUUGUUAAAAGUUUGAGUGUUUUUUUUUUUUUUCAGUAUUUUUAUUUUCUUAGUUUCAACAAAAGAUGGUGCUAUAUAUUUAUCAUUCCUAUUACUGAUAGCAAUCAUUUACGACAGUCGAACCGCUUGCCAUUAUUUGAAGUGAGAAUCAGACAGAGGUGCCUGACUGCUUCUUUUGGGAACACGGCUGAUUUCACUUUGCAGUGCCCGAUUGUUUUUCUUUUUCUCUCUCUUUGUAAAUCAGCUACUGUAAACAGUGAAUAAUUAAGUUUGAAGCUUUGCGUCGAGGAAAUGGAAGUAAUUUGGAAUGUCAGUAUUUUUCAUCAGAUUUUAAAAGAGUUUGAUCACAGAGGAAUAGGUUUGAAUAAGCUUUUUUUUUUCUCUCCAUUUGCCUUAAUUACAUCACCUGAUGUUUGUGUUCACCAUUACGAGAAGCCAAAUUCUGUUUUUUAUUUAUAUAUCACAAAGGAUUUAACACUGUGGGACUUUAUAUGACUAGAUACCAAGUUAAAGCCAUAUGAGAUAGUACCAGAUUAUAGGAGAACAUGUUGAGUAUGAAGAAAGGACAGUGAGGUUUGCAGUGUUGCAGUGAUGAUACAAAUGUCUGUUUUACAUACUUGAAGUUUGACAUGCUGCAGCCUCUGCACACUGACAUUUUGAUGUUAUUUUUCUCUACUGUAUAAAAAGUUUAUAUGCUGUGCAUAACAGGUCUAUACGAUAAUACAACCUUAAACAGUCACUAAAUAAAAAACAACUCUCGCAUUAUUCAAUACCGUGUAUUCCACUGUUACAAGGGACAGGUUUCGCGCUAACGCUUGACGUGCAUUCUUCUAGAAGUUACACUGAGCAUGAGGAAGUUUCACUGAUGCCGUGCUGCCUGUUAGCUCUGAAAUACCUGCGCUGCAAAAGCAUGAUGAUGAAAACCUGAUUCUAAGGCAGUCACUGACGAUCGCAAAUGUCCGCAACCGAAACCAAGCCGUGUAAAUUCUUUAAAACGGCCGGGGUAGUCUGCCCUUACAGUAUGUGUUGAUGGGUCAGAUGCGCAGCUUGGCCCAGUGGUUGCACUGUGCCAGUUACUCAAAGCAUGCAGCUCGUGUUUCAGUGUCAACAGCGUCUCCCAUGACAUCAGGAAUGAGAGGACUUGUUUCACACCGUAAGACAGCGUCCAUCCUCCACCUGACAUUUCCUGUGAGCUCUUCCUCCAGCGGAGACAUGCUGUGGUGGAUUAAGGUGUGUUAUUUUGAGCCGCUGUGGCUUUCAACUCAUCAGUGGGUUCAGUUAGAAGAGCACGUCUCUAAUGACGACUGCCCUCUUUACUGUUCUUUGUAAAGCUACAGCUUUCAACUGUCAACUCUAUGUUUACACCUCAUCUUCCGAAUGUUCUUCUAUUACUAAAGCUACUUUGAGUUUAAUUAUUAAAGGAUGUUUCUUACCACCAA